ACACCGACUGUAGUGAGGCUCCUUCUCACGGCGUCAGAUGUGCUCCUCAGUUGGCUACAAGAGGCGUGAUUGUCCGCGCUGUACGUGAACACCGACCAAUACAAUUUCACCGGCUUCUUGACACACGGCGGAACAAAAGAGCUCGCCUUUAGCCCAGGGGGUGAGCGGAAAAACCCCUCCAGAUUUCAGGAUACGAAGCGAUGGCAUCUUUGGACCGAGCAGAAGGUUGACGCUGUGAGCCAUGCAGUCUCUCUAUGGCGGGGGCGAGAUGGAGCUGCUGGGGUCCGGAGGGGGGGGCGACGCGGGAGGGGGUCUGAAGGACGACUGCGGUUCCGUGGCUUGGCGUUCCUCGUCGGUGUCCAACGAUGACGUGUACUCCGCCUCCCACUUCGCCCUCAUCUCGGCCUAUCAGGACAUCAAGACGCGACUGGCCUGCCUGGAGCGUGAGAACACCAGUAUCAAGAGGAAACUCAAGAUUUAUGAGAUCAAGUUUCCAAUGAUCAGCGAGUUUGGAGAAGAUAACUCGUACUGUUCCUUCGAGAGUAAAGAGACGGCUCUGCUUCAGUCGGAAAAUGGGAACCUGCUGGAGAGGGUCAACGUCCUGACGCAUGAGCUGCAGAAGAGGAAGGAGCGCGAGGAGCAGCUGGAGGAUGUGAUCCAGGCCUAUGAGAAAAUCCACCUGGAGAAGAGCAACCUCCAGAGAGACCUGGACAAGAUGACGAGCCUGGUGGAGAAGCAUGUAGAGAGGAUCCUGGGUCUGGAGGCUGCUCUGAGACAAAGAGACAACUCACUCCAAAAACUCAACAUCCAACUCCACAGCAAAGACAUGCAGUAUCUACAGCUGCACUCCGGCCCCGACGCUCAUAUGCUGGACUGCCCUGGUAUGACCCUGCAGAGCUCCCGUAGCCUGGACGCGCUGUCAGACCUGAAGCUGCAGCGUCUGGAGGCGGAGCUUGAAGGGGCGCGGCAUGAGGCUCAGGGGGCAUGUCAGCGAGAGGAGGAGCUAAAGGCAGAGUGCGAGAGACUGAAGGAGGAGAUUAGACAACUGCAGAACGACCAGCGCGAAAGGCAGGAAAUGACUUCGCCUUGCAAGCAGUGCGAUGUGGAGUGGAUAAAGAAGGUGGGAGAUGAACAGGUGAACCUGGCACUGGCUUACACAGAGCUGACGGAGGAGCUGAGUCGUCUGCAGGCUCUGAGUUCCAAACAGACAGAGAUCCUAAGGAAGGCUUCUCAAGAGCAGGCCAGUCCAGUCCAGCGCCACUCUCCCAUCCAGCGCCACUCUCCGGUUUCCCAGCGACACUCCCCCAUCUCACAGAGGCACUCCCCCGCCCCUUUGCCCCCCCACUCCCCUUUGCAACAGAGACGCUCCCCUGUCCUGCAGCGCCUGUCCCCGGAUAUGCACCGCCGCUCCCCCCUGCUGGACGUCAGUGACCACGGCCCCGCCUCCUACUCCUGUCGUCCCGCCUCCCAACACCUCCGGGCCAGUUUCCAGGGGCGACGCAGCUACUCAGAGGUGACAGAUCCCUCGGCAUACCACUGCCCCCCGAGGUUCUCUCUAGACCCCGUGUCCACUCUGCCCAAGCCGCGCCCGUACAUCGAGAGCUACCCCAAACAGGCGUCUUUAAGCUCCUCCCACAGCGGACAUCAGCUGCGGAGCCCCACGUCGCCCAUCCAAAGCCCUCUGUCAGACGGGCCGCUGGGGGAGAGCUCGCUGCGUCACUCCAGAGAGAUGCCCUUCCCGCUCUCGGAGGUGGCCCACUUGCACUUUGAGCCCCAGCCCCCCUCCACGCCCGCCCCUCAGCCCCCGCAGUCAUCUGAGGAUGAGGAGGAGUGGACUCAGCCCAUCAGCCCGCCACGUACUCUGGGCGUGCUCAGUCCCACCGUGGGCCCUGGCUCCAUGAGGGGUCCGGCUUCCUGCACCGCCUUCCCCAUCCCCCAGAGGCCCAACACCCUCAGCUGUCACCCGCAGGGGUACAUGUCUGCGGAGCACGCUCAGUCAUGGCCCUCCAUCAAUUUGUGGAUGGAAACGGAGGAGAGCGACAUGCGGAGCUGCCCCCUGUGUCAGCUGAUCUUCCCCGUGGGUUACCCAGACGACGCGCUCAUCAAGCACAUCGACUCCCACCUGGAAAACAGCAAGAUCUGAUCGCCAUGGCAACACACACGCACACCUGUCCUACACAUUAUAUAAGAGACACGGGCAGGUCAUGGGAAAAGGCCUACAGGACCACAGAGAUCAACAGUGGUUUUUAAGGAGAAGAUAUGGUAUGGGGAUGUUUCUAUUUGCUUGAGAAAAUUGGACUUAAAUUUGUUCUGGAGGAUGCUUUGCACGUUUGCUAUGGUCGACGCAGCUGUUUUGAGUGUUGUUGCGUGGUUACAGGCGGUUUCAGGUAUAGUCUUACUGCUUCAAAGUGUUUUUAGCAAAGAUUUGUAUUUUUAAAAAAGUUAAGGGACUCUGUACAAUGUAAAAAACAUCUACAAAAUAUGAUAAAAUACUGGGAGUUAUGGAUGCCAAAAUGUGAAAAUAUACAAUGGCUAUAAGUGACUCAUAUUGUGUUUUUUAGUACAAUACAUAUUACAUCGUCUAAAGUUUAACAGACUAUGAUGGCAAUAGAAUAAUGAGUGUAUUGGCUGUUUUAUAAGUAGUAUGUACAAUUUUUAUCAGUGAUGCAUUUUGUAUUUUGCAUAAAUGCUCUGAUAAUCUUCCAGUAUUUUAUCAAAUAUUUGUGGAUUUUUUUUACAAUGUAUGAAAAUUUAGGAAUGGAAAUGAAAUGACAGUAUUAUUUAAAAGAUCAGGGAGAGCAGAAGUGUCACGACUUAGCUUUAACGCAGCUACAGUUUUCUAUGUUUCACUUACAUUGUGCAGUAAGUGCCAAGGACAGUGAACUGGCUUUCAGGUUUGCGUGUUCUAAUUGUGUAACAGGCAAAAAACAUUCUUAACGGAUUAUAUGUUUUUUGGAGAUUACAUCCUCUAUCAACACCAAAUUUUAGUAUUGUUUCAAUCUCCCAUGACAUUAUAAAAAGUAAUUCUCAAGUAUGUUUUUUGAAAGGCAACAACAUUUAUAUACAAGACUGUUAUUAUGUAGUUUAUUGCAUAUAUUUGAGAUUAUUCUAAUAUUAAGAUAUGCAGUCCCUUUUAAAUUAUUCAAUUGAAAAAAGUUGCCAAUUCUCUUAUUUAUCUAUGGGAAAAGUUUGUAACAGUUUAACAUUCCUCUAGUCAACAGCAGCAGCAACAAGUAUUGUGAAAGUGAAUGCCAGUUUGAGCAGCCCUACGGGAAAGGGCUAAUCUUUAAAAGUAGGAGGACCUUUUUAGCCAGAUAUACCUUUAUGCUUGCGGCCUGUUGAAAAGUAUAUUAGCACUUUACGUUAGCAUAGCCUAUACAAUGUUUUCGGUCCUUCUUGUAACAUAUUGAUUUAUAUUGUUUAUCUGUAAUUUUUGGAGGCAAAAAAUAUGAAGAUAUAUUUUUGCAAGUGAUGACGCACACGUUUCACACCAGAGACGCUUGUAUAGAAGAGACCUGAAGUACCACGGCACACUGAGGGACUGUACAAGGACUACAGAACUGGGAUUUCGCUUGGUCUUCCUAAACAUUUGCCCUUUGAAUAGUUUGAUGUCAAGCCUGCCCAGACCGCCCACCAAAAAAGAAAAGGAAAAAGCCGACCCACAACUACUUAGUUUGUUUACACAGUUCACUCCAGGCUUAAAAUUAUGACCAUCUGCCCAACUCAUGAAGAAGUGACGCAUUUUGCAUUUUCUAAUUCAUCCAUCUCUCAUUUUCAUAUUGAAACCACAGCUGCCCUGGCCUACGUGGCUGCUAAUCUGCUCCAAUGGCUUCUCAAAUCACCAAUCUUGCCCAAGGACACAAAGACAUUAUGGACUGUUUGAGGCUUGGAUUGAACCACCAAACAACUGGUUAUAAGGCGAUCUCACACGCACACACACCCCUGAACCACUUUCACUCCCACAGAAAUCUGUUUUCUUGCUUCGUGAUAGAAUAUUAAUGGUGCACUGUGUAACUUUAGUUAGGUCCACCACCUGCUUGAGUCCAUGGAGAUGUUAUUGCUUUGCCUUGGCUCUUUUUAUUGCUCUAAAUACCCUGAAAAGCAGUGUCACAUCCCCAUAGAGCUGACCGGUAACUUCAACUGUUUUUUUAUCCAUGGAUUUCAGAGCGAUGAAAAAUUUGCACGGUUGCUAUAGCAGUUAACAAUUUGAAAUGACCUAAGAAUAUGGAUACUCCAGACAAAGCAAUGGCAUAUCCAUGGAAAAAGAUACAUAGUACAUCUUUAACUUGAUAACUGGUGAGUGGUCAUAAUGCUAUGCCAGGUUGGUUGUACUGUUUGCAAUGUUAAUUCUGCAGGGUAUAAGCAAAAUACUUCUAUCAUUUACUUACAGUUUCAUACACAGGUUCUUUUUUAACCACAGAUUCUCGUAGGACCUCUUUUUGAACAGUAACAGUGAUGUCAGCGACACUCAGGCUUUCAGUUUAAAUGUUUCUAUAGUAAAGGGGAGGUCCCAGGGCACACGAACACAUCACAUUAUGAACCACUGACCGGGUUUAUGGCGAUCCACUAAAAGAAGUCAAAGAGGUUUUUACUGACUCACGGUACUUUAUGUAUUUUUGUGAUUUCUUGUAUAAUAUAAGCUGUGUACAGAUGUUUGCAAGUGUGUGCGGCUAAUGCUAAAUGUAUCUUAUCCAACUUCAAAUUGGAGUGACUGUAAAUUAAUAUAUAAAUCCCAAACGCAUAUAACCCCAAUGUUUUAGCAGUAGUGCGUGCUCUGCUGAUAGGCCAGUUUCUUUUACAUUGCAUCUUGACUGAAAAAAGUGAGUGACAUCUUGCCAUUCAAAGCAGACUUUUUGAUCA